UGAAAAUUAGACGGACAGCACCACAAAAGUUAUUUCUACUACUAUUUCUAGUCCACUGACAAGAUUCGAAAUCCCAUAUCUUUCCUACUUUCUUCCCUGUUCUAAUUUUUUUUUAAAAAUUAUUUUCGAACAAAAAUUUAUAUAAUCAUAAAUUUUAAAAAAAACAAGGACAGAAAUCUUCAAGAUCGGGUCUAGGGUUUCUCUGAGUUUCACAUUGUAAACAUUCUCUUUCGAAUCUCUCAGGUCUUCCUCAAAAACCCUAAUAAUACACUCUCAGAAAAAGCUCGCAGAUUCUUUCCCUCAAUCUGUAUCUUCUUUCAGGGAUUUUCGUUUAGUGAAGGAAGAAGGUGUUGAAACGUUUUGUUGUCAAGGUUUGAAUUGGUGGGGGAGUUCAAAUGCCGGAGGAGGACCUUAUUGAGCUCAAGUUCCGACUCUAUGAUGGUUCGGAUAUUGGUCCAUUCCGAUACUCACCGGCCGCAACUGUCUCAAUGCUCAAAGAGAGAAUUGUGGCUGAGUGGCCGAAAGGUGAUAAAAAGAUCGCACCCAAAGUUGCAAAUGACAUAAAACUGAUUAAUGCUGGAAAGAUUUUGGAAAACAGCAAGACUGUUGGCCAAUGUAGAGCACCGUUUGGAGAGCUUCCAAGAGGAGUAAUCACCAUGCAUGUUGUGGUGCAGCCAUCUUUGGCAAAAGCAAAAACAGAAAAGAAGGUUGAUGAAGUCCCAAGGAAAAGCAUUUGUUCGUGUACCAUAUUGUAAUUUGGUUAGUGGUGGCGGAGGGUGUUAAGCAUGGUUUGGUAAGAAGCUUUGUGAGGCUGCAUUGGGGGGUUUCCAUGGGCCCAUUUGGACCACGAAAAAUGAGUAUCUGCAGGGAGAAGAAACGAAAAAUAAUUUGUCAAGAAAACAGUCCCAUCCGUCUCCUUGUUACAUGUUUUCAAGAGGGCAAUCCUGUGUAAAAGUCCAUGUUAGUCCUUGAUGAUAUAUGUAUUACUUUACGUUCUAUUAAACAAAAAAAAAAAAAAAAAAAAAAAAAAAAAAAAAAGAAAACGAAAAAAAGGGUCGCUUGAUAUUAUGUAUUUUGAUUAGCUCCAAAUUCAGCAUCUAUUCCAAAAAUUUUAUUUAUACAACCAAUGGUUAUGGUGGUCUA